AUGUGGGGUGUGUGGGGUGGGGGGGGGGGUUUGAUUGUGUGGUGGGGGGGUGUUGAUAUGGGUGGGGUUUUUGGUAGGGUGGUGUAUGGGGGUGGAGAUGGUAGUCGAUGUUCCAUCCUUCAGCCAGUACCGCAGCACACGGUGCCGCCUCGCCCCUUCGUCCUCCACACCGCUCACUCUCACCUCCAGCUGCUGAUGUUCACCGAGUUUCCCCUUAAUGUCAUUCACAGCCUUUUCCAGGCGUUCAAGGGUCUGUGUCGUCUGUCUAUGCCCCUGACUGUUUUCUUCACAAAUUUUUCUCAUCUCCUGUAUUAA